AUGUCGAAUCGGGACUCCAACGAUUGGACGCGGAUGCGCAAAGGAGGCUGGUGGCUGCGAAGGGGCCCUCGGUUCGAUGCCAUGCGCUACUGGCAUCAGUUCUCGGACUUCGCAAGAUUUCCGGGACUCCAGUACUUCGCGGGGCGCCCGAGGGGGGCCGAAGCGGCUUUAUUAGGGUUGCGAACCCUUCAGGGUUCAGGCUUUAGGCUUGAAGCGGGUUUCUAUGGCUUUACAAUGGUUUUUGUAGGAGUUUGUUUGGGUUUGUAUGGGUUUCCAUGGGUUUCGCUGGCAUUGUUGCAUGGCGGCUUUGGACAUGCGAGGUGCAGGCGCUCGUGUGACAACAUCUUGCAUUCGGGCUUCGGGCCCGGGUUGCCACUAGCAUUCCGCUUUCCGGCCCUAUUUGUCAAAUUAAAAGUCCCCAAAUAA